AUGAGUUGCGUUGCUACUAAAUUGUUCCUCCUUUUCUUGGUUCAACUUGUCUCACUUUUCUUGGUUUGCUAUGGUUCAACUUGUCUCACUUCUAGUGUCCCUGAUGGGUAUUCCAUUUUGAAUUUAGAUCUAGACAAGUUCUCUUCUCCCAAAGAAGUCUUCCAUCUAUUCCAAAUGAGGAAGAAGGAGACUGAACGAGAAUACCAAACCCUAGAAGAGGAGGCAGCGAGGUUUCGGCUUUUCGAAAACAAUUUGAAGUAUAUCAGAGAGAACAAUGCAGAAAGAAAGUCACCCAACGAUCAUCGUUUGGGUUUGAACAAAGUUUCAGAUAUUAGCUAUGAAGAGUUCAGCAAAAUUUACUUACAUGAGACAGAGGAACCCACAAUGGAAAGCAACAACAGCAAAAUGGUAUUGAACGAUGCAUCCUGUCCAAUGCACCUUCUUCUUGGGAUUGGAGGACCCAAGGAGCUGUAA